CUAUGUGUUGUGCAUAACUCAACAUAUUCUAGUUUCAUAUGCAAACAUUCAUGACACAAGUUUUUAUUGAUAGUUAAUUGAGAAGAAGCGCUAACGUUGGAUUCUGCGGUACAUCACUCUUUACUAGUUUCCUCAGUAAACUGUCGCACCUCACGGUGGUUUCUAUCGAUCAAACAUGAAUUCAUAAUCUGUAUCCAUGAAUCCUUCUGUUUCUGGUCACUAUCCCUUGCUUCGCCAUGAUCCCGUUACUGCCCGUGCAAUUUCACGUCUAAGUCAUGGAGUUGCUCGUUUAACUGCAAGUCUCAAUCCUGAAAGUCAAUAUCGACAUUUUCGUGCUCGACAUGCAAAAUCGCGUAACAGAAUUGUGUCGGAAUCUCUAUCAACAGAUAGUCAAUGUAUCACCGCAGGAUCAAAACGGAAAUGGCAACCAGAUAAAAUUGAGUUGGACACUAUCAUGGAACUUGAGCACCCUACAAUUAAUUUAAAACAAACAGCAUCACCAUGCGUCAAUUUACCUCAUUCAAGUACAGAAUUUCUACACCAUGUAUCAGUUUCUAUAGAUGCUCUUAAUCUGCAAACUAAACUGCUUACACCAUUUUCCUGUUCAAAUCCUGUCCUGCAUAAGUCAAUGAGUUCAGAUAACAUUGAAACAGUUGGACGUUAUUCUUCAGGAUCAUCUAUGCUUUCAGUAACUGCUUCAUCAGAUAAUAAUUGUGAAAGUGAUGCUUCUUCACAUGAUGCAGAUGUUGAAGAUGAAGAUCAUAAUGAUUUAACUUAUCUAAAAGGUGGUAGAUCCUCAUUAUCAAGAAUUUCAAAACGAAAAACAUUAUUUGAUAAACAAUUCUAUGAAAUAUGGAAGCCAUUUGAUGAUAAUGUCUGUAACGGUGGUGGUGAUUCAUCAGAUGGCUUGUCGAUUAAUAUUAAAAUUCCGAGAUUAAGUUCUAUGCACUUACACGGUACUUCAACAGGAAUAUCUGAUUACUCAUCUACAUUAUCACCCAUAUCAAGUCAUCAUUCCACCAAAAGAUGUGUUCAUAAUAUGUUAGCCUCUUCAUCGUCUGAUACAAAUCGUCCUCGAAAAGAUAAAUGUAAAUGUAAACUACGAAACAUUAAAAACGAUUCUGUUCAUAAUAAUCAUAAAAAUGGAGACCAUAAUUGUCAUAAAGGUUGUGUCAAAAGUGGUUCACGCUCUUCGUCUAGUUCAUCUACUAUAUCAACUGAAGAAUCCUCGGAUCAGACUUACUCAAAAGGUUUCAAUAUGCAUAAACAUCGUUACACUUCCAUACCUGAAUGUCAUAAGAACUAUGAUGGCGAUAAAAAAGUGACUGCCUGUGAUAAUACGAAAUUUCCCAAGAAAUGUUCCAAGUCUUCUGUCAAUACAGCUAAUGAUAAUAACAGUAGUAAACAAUCAGUUCUUCCUCAAGCGAAAUUGCAAUACCGACCAGUUGAUCCAUAUAAUUCUACCUUGGAUGAACCAGUUGAUCCUGAAUUGGAUAAUCUCUUACACGGAACAUGGCCGUUGUUAAGCGGUCGAGCGAAACUAGGUUAUGCAAAGGCUAUGAAUGCAUCGAAUUCCAAACGAUACCCUAAUUCACAAAAAAAAAAUCCACCCAAUCUUAAGAAUAAGGAAGAUUCAAAGGUGACUAAUAACCGGUCAAUACAAUUUGUACCCUCAAAACUAGAACAUGUUUAUACACAAGAUGAAGGAAAGAAGGAUUCAUAUGGAAAAUCUGAUAAGCCGUAUCAUCAAAUGCCCACUCCGCCCUGGAUGAAUAGUGAUAAUGAGUCAUUGAGGGACUCUGAUGAAUUUGAUUCUGAUCUGAAUAGAAAAGUGACCAAAUCAACCGUGAAUAAUAAUAAUAACAAUAAUAAUAAUAGUAAUCAACGUCCAUGUAUUGAUAAUUGGAAACCUGAACUGUCAAAUGCUGCACCGUUAACUGAGACUAACAGAGGCCAUCGUUUACUACAAAGACUUGGGUGGAAACCUGGUGAUGGACUAGGCAAAAAUAACAAGGGUUUAAUAACUCCAGUCAACUGCAAUGAUAUCGUUCCUUCUAAAUGUAUAUGAGAUACUUUCCUGCAAGAAAAUUUAUUACUUCAUUGACAUUUUGUAAAUAGAAUUUAUGUAUUCAAAACCACUACUUAUUUUUUAUUAAGUGGUGUGUUACAAACUGGAUGAAAGCUAUGCGUAGAGUAUAACUAACUUCAUUACCAUUUUUAUCAGCUAUGAUGAGGUGUAAAUUGGUAGGCAGUUUGGGUUUUUAUCUGUAAAACACCCAAUUUGUUUUAGCCUUUGUUAAAGAAGUCUUGUUACAAUACUUUAAACUGCUUCCUGUGAUUGGUCACUUUUGACUUCCACUGUAAUACUUUUUCUCUUUCAUUGUUCUGUCCUACGUUUUACAUACCAAUUACCUGAAAUUCGUGUAUGAUAAAUACAUACUUAUUUACGAACAUUA